GUCUAUUUUUCCAAACCAAAAAGGGGCUAUAAUGGGCAAUUUUCCGAAUUAGCGGGGGAGAUUUCUAUCUGCGCGUGGCUUCUUCCUCUUCUUCUUUAGCGUCUGCAAAGAGUAAGAAUGAACAGGUUAAUUAGAAGAAACCUUACUGUUAAUGUAUUUGGAUUGAAGACUCGAUGGAAAAACUUCUGCUCUGAUUCAGCUGCAAAAGUUUCUGGCUCAAAUGGAAACCAUAGCUAUGUACAAGGGGAGAAGCCAGGUUCCACAGAUAACUUUCCUCAACAUGACAUUGCUAUAGUUGGAGGUGGCAUGGUAGGCAUGGCCUUAGCUUGCUCCUUAGCAAGCAUGCCAUUGACUAAGCAGUUGUCUAUUGCCAUUAUUGACAGCAAUCCAGCUUUAAAGGGUGGAGCCAGCCUUAAGAAAGGCAGUCCUCCUGAUCCAAGAGUGAGCACGGUGACUCCUGCAACUAUAUCUUUCUUCAAAGACAUUGAUGCAUGGAAAUAUGUUGAAGAACAACGGCAUGCAUACUUUGACAAGAUGCAGGUUUGGGAUUAUACAGGCUUAGGUUACACAAAGUACCAUGCAAGAGAUGUUAAUAAAGAAUUUUUAGGCUGCGUGGUGGAGAACAAAGUGCUUCAAAGUUCCUUGUUAUCGCGCGUACAGUGUACAGAUGCUCAAACAACAAUAUACUCUUCCAGAUUAACCUCAAUGGACUUACGCCCAAGUGGUUCACCGACAGUGGCCGCUAAAAUAUCUUCUAAGACAACAUUGAAUGAUCCAGGUCAUUUAGCAAAAUUGGACCUGAGUGAUGGCAGCAGUUUAUAUGCAAAAUUAGUGGUUGGUGCAGAUGGCUCCAAGUCACGUGUUAGAGAGUUAGCUGGGUUUAAAACAACUGGAUGGAAUUACUCCCAGAAUGCAGUUAUCUGUACAGUGGAACACACACAGGAAAACCGUUGUGCGUGGCAACGAUUUUUGCCUUCUGGACCAAUUGCACUUUUACCAAUUGGGGAUAACUAUAGUAAUAUAGUUUGGACUAUGAACCCAAAAGAGGCCACAGACCGUAAGUCAAUGGAUCAGGAUGAUUUUGUGAAGGACGUAAAUUCUGCUUUGGAUUGCAGUUAUGGUCCUCCUCCAAAGUCCAGCAUAUUUGGAAGUCAUAACCUUUUUUCAUGGCUGAACCCGGAUGUCACUGUAUCAGUAGAUGAAGGAUUCGAAGUGCCUCCAAAGGUGGUCAAGUUAGCAUCUGAAAGAAUGGUCUUCCCUUUGUCUUUGAAUCACGCCAAGAACUAUGCUUCAAAGCGUGUGGUUUUGAUUGGUGAUGCAGCACACACUGUUCAUCCUUUGGCUGGUCAAGGUGUUAAUUUAGGUUUUGGAGAUGCCCUUUCACUUUCUAAAGUAAUUGCUGAAGGAGUUGCGCUUGGAUCCGACAUUGGAGAGGUGACAUUGAUGAAGAAAUAUGAAGCAGAGAGAAAACCUGCUAAUAUUGCUAUGAUGGCUAUUCUGGAUGGGUUUCAGAAGGCCUAUUCUGUGGAUUUUGGACCUCUCAACGUCUUACGUGCUGCUGCUUUUCAUGGGGCUAACUAUAUUUCUCCUCUCAAAAAGAGUAUUAUUUCAUAUGCGUCAGGAGAUCAGAGGCUCCCUCUCUUCACUUGAGGGGAAAUGAAAACAAACAAAAAAAGAAGAAUGGCAAUUUUGUAGAUAGCAACAUACAAGUUCUUAUGUCAAAAUGAAUUAGUUUUUUAUCCCCGUAAUGCUAUGGAAUAAAAUUCGUUUGUUUGUAGAGAAAUUUCUUAUAUGUUUGCAUCAUGGGGUUUUGUAAUUGUUUGCCAAAUAUGAAUGCUAAGAAGUUUGAGAGUUGGAAACUUUGAUUUGAUUAUUUUUCUCAA